AUGGAUUUCAUCUUGAAGAACGAGAGCUUCUUAACACUCUCCACAGAAAUCCGUGACUGGGUUUUGAUCCCAUUGUUUGUGGUCACCGUCUGUUCAAACUACAUCCGACAAUAUUUGAUGGUAUUAAUUGGGGGUGGAGACGCUCCAACCCCACGUUCACAACAAGAAAACUCUUUGAUCCAACGUGUUCAGAUAUUCAUUGAUCGUAGUUACUUGUUGUUCAACUCGAGUUUCAAGCGCCUUCGCGACAAAUAUACAAACCCUGACAAUGGCCUCUUAAUUGUGACGAAGGCCCCGACUGAAGAUGGGAUUCCAAACAUGCCACAAGCUGAUCCGUCAAGUUUAAUGGGUGGGAUGAAAGGGAAUUUGGUCAAUAUGGUGAUUCAAAUUGUGUUGAUGACAUGGAUCACAAGCAUGUUUGAUGGGUUCAUCGUCUUGAAAGUCCCAUUUCCAUUGAGUUAUCGAUUCAAGUUAAUUACACAACAAGGUAUGGGGUUCCUCGACAUCGAUGUUUCUUAUGUUUCUUCGAUCAGUUGGUACAUUUUGGUCUUCGCGGGCGGAAGAUACAUCAUGAAAUUGUUUGACUCUGAUAACGACAUGGAUAUGAGUGGGAUGACUGGAAUGCCUACUGGUCAAAAGGCGCCGUCACUUAACAUGAGUGGUGUUGUCGGACAGUUCAAUGAUUUGGCCAAACAGGUUGCUCUUGUUGAUCCCAAUGAAGAUAAUUACAUCGAAAACAUAUACGAUAAGGUAGCCGAAGAUUUGAACAUCAAAAUCAAUAAGAAAAAGAAUGAACUCGGCCCCGUGAAGGCGAAGAAAGACUAA